AUGAGCUCAGGAACAGCAAGGAGACCCAGUUUGAGCACCAGCACGUCGAAUGACAUGAUUACGGAGGAGCCUCACGGGGUGCCUCGUCUUUCGCGCCGUUUGACGGGUUUUUUGCCUCAGGAAAUCAAGAGCAUCGAUACGAUGAUUCCAUUGCAGAGCAGGGAAAUCUGGAAGAAGCACGCGGUUCAGAAGUUUGAGACGCCAGACGAGUUCCAGUCCAAGUUCAUACAGCACGUGGAAACGACGUUGGCGCGUUCGUUGUACAACUGUGACGAUUUGGCAGCGUACCAAGCGACUUCGCAAAGUGUGCGCGACAAUUUGGUGAUUGAUUGGAACAAGAGUCAGCAGAGACAGACUGCGAGGGGUUCUAAGCGGGUGUACUAUUUGUCGCUUGAAUUUUUGAUGGGCAGGGCCUUGGACAAUGCGUUGAUCAACUUGCAGGACGGUACGGAGGAGCCUGGGGCUCAGAAGCGUGACCAGAUCAAGAGCGCGAUUGACCAGCUUGGGUUCAACUUGGAGGACGUGUUGGAGCAAGAGCCGGACGCUGCCUUGGGUAACGGUGGUUUGGGCCGUCUUGCCGCAUGUUUCAUCGACUCGAUGGCCACAGGCGACUACCCUGCGUGGGGUUACGGUUUGCGUUACAAGUACGGUAUCUUUGCGCAAAAGAUUAUCGACGGGUACCAGGUCGAGACGCCAGACUACUGGUUGAACUUCACCAACCCUUGGGAGAUCGAGAGAAGCGAAAUCCAGGUCCCAAUCAACUUUUACGGGUACGUCGACAGGUCCAAUGGCAACAACGGCGACGGCUCCACGUUGUCGCCCAGCGAAUGGAUCGGUGGUGAGCGUGUCAUUGCCGUGCCAUACGAUAUGCCAAUCCCCGGUUUCAAGACCGAAAACGUCAACAACUUGAGAUUGUGGUCCGCUAGACCAACAACCGAAUUCGACUUCGCCAAGUUCAACAGCGGUGACUACAAAAACUCCGUUGAGCAACAGCAACGUGCUGAAUCCAUCACCUCCGUGUUGUACCCUAACGACAACUUCCAGGAGGGUAAAGAGUUGAGAUUGAAGCAGCAAUACUUCUGGUGCGCUGCCUCGUUGCACGAUAUCGUGAGACGUUUCAAGAAGGGCAAGCACCCAUGGGAGGAGUUCCCAGACUUGGUUGCGAUCCAAUUGAACGACACCCACCCUACUUUGGCCAUCGUCGAGUUGCAAAGAAUCCUUGUCGAUUUGGAACACUUGGACUGGCACAAGGCCUGGGACAUUGUUACCAAGACCUUCGCCUACACCAACCACACAGUGAUGCAAGAGGCCUUGGAAAAAUGGCCUAUUGGCUUGUUUGGUCACUUGUUGCCCAGACACUUGGAAAUUAUUUACGAUAUCAACUGGUUCUUCUUGAAGGCCGUUGAGAAGAAGUUCCCAAGGGACGUCGAUUUGUUGGGUAGAGUCUCCAUCAUCGAGGAGAGCUCUGGCGAAAGACAAAUUAGAAUGGCCUUUUUGGCCAUCGUUGGUUCCCACAAGGUGAACGGUGUCGCUGAGUUGCACUCUGAGUUGAUCAAGACUACCAUCUUCCAAGACUUUGUUAAAGUGUACGGUUUAGGCAAAUUCACCAAUGUGACCAACGGUAUCACCCCAAGAAGAUGGUUGAAACAGGCCAACCCAGACUUGGCUGCUUUGAUCAGCAAGACCAUCAAUGACCCUCAAGACGAUUACUUGUUGAACAUGUCUAAGCUGACAGAGUUGGCAAAAUAUGCCGAGGACACCAAGUUCCAAACCGAAUGGAACACUGUGAAGCAGCACAACAAGCAAAAGCUUGCCGAUUUGAUCAAGAAGUUGUACGACGGCGAAGACAUCAUCGAAAGAGACCACAUCAGAAACACCUUGUUCGACAUCCAAGUGAAGCGUAUUCACGAGUACAAGCGUCAACAGUUGAACAUCUUUGGGUGCAUCUACAGAUACUUGCGGAUCAAGGAGUUGUUGGCUGAAGGUGUCCCAAUUGCCGAAGUGGAAAAGAAGUACCCAAGAAAGGUGUCCAUCUUUGGUGGUAAGAGUGCUCCAGGUUACUACAUGGCCAAGACGAUUAUCAAGUUGAUCAACAGUGUCAGCGACGUGGUGAACCACGACAAGGAGAUCGGGAACAUCUUCAAGGUCGUGUUCAUUCCAGACUACAACGUCUCCAAGGCAGAAAUCAUCAUUCCUGCCAGUGACUUGAGUGAGCACAUCUCUACCGCCGGUACCGAGGCCUCUGGUACAUCCAACAUGAAGUUUGUCAUGAACGGUGGGUUGAUCAUUGGUACCGUGGACGGUGCCAACGUCGAGAUCACCAGAGAAAUUGGAGAGGACAACAUCUUCUUGUUUGGUAACUUGGCCGAGAACGUUGACGAGUUGAGAUACCAACACCAGUACCACGCCAAGCCAUUGCCAAAGGAGUUGGAGGAAGUGUUGCAACUGAUUGAGCGCGGCACUUUCGACGGUGACUUCAAGCCUUUGGUCGACUCUAUCAGACACCACGGUGACUAUUACUUAGUCAGUGACGAUUUCCAAUCCUACUUGCAAAUGCAAUCGAUGGUCGAUGACGUCUACCACAACAACAAGAAGGAGUGGCUAAAGAAGUCCAUUUUGAGUGUUGCCAACGUUGGUUUCUUCUCAAGUGACCGUUGUAUCCAGGAGUACGCUGACGAAAUCUGGAACGUCGAACCACUAACUGCAAACUAG